AUGCGUGAUUCCCUGUGUUUAUUACUACCUUUUCAUCAUCCAAGUUUCUUAUUUUAUACUGACUUAUCAAAUAACUUAGAUUCUCUAUGGUUGAGUAUAACUAAAAAGAAUGUUAAGAAAUAUCAUGGAAUUUUGAUAUACCAUCGGACUAAAAAAAAUUUUUUCUUUGUUUACAUUUGUGAUGGAAACCGAGAACACAAAUAUCAUAGAAGAUAUAAUGCAAAAGAAUGUCAAUAUUUUACAAACACCUAA